CUCGAUCCUAAUCUUCCAUUUCUCUCGUCCUGUUUUCUUUCUAUCUUUAGAACCGUCUAAUCGACACUCCCGCGCAUCGCCCAAACCGUUGGUUUUCUCUCGCUCGCUUUUCAUUCUGUGUUUCCCCAUCCAGGAUUAACUUUCUUUUGGGGGAUCUUAUCGUUUUUUGCUCUUUGUCUCGUGCCAGACUUUUUCACACCCGUCAAAUCGCCUUAAAAAAAAAAAAAAAAAAAAAAUUAAAAUUCCUUAUCGGCGCCUUACCUCCCCCGCCCCCUUGUCCUUGUCGUCUCAUAACACUACUGUCCUUCUCAACUACGCGCCGACGGUCUCUUCGGAACUUACCAUCCCCAAUCAAAACCUGCCAGAUCAGUGGAACUGCAUUUGUGCUGCAUCCCCGCUUGGUCGACGCCUAAUUCCGAGUAUCCCCCCUGGUUCAUUCAGCCUCAUUCUCCAUGGGUCGGAGAAAGAUUGAGAUUAAGGCGAUCAAGGAUGAUCGCAACCGCUCAGUUACCUUUCUGAAACGGAAAGGCGGCCUUUUCAAGAAAGCGCACGAACUCGCCGUACUCUGUUCCGUCGAUGUCGCGGUCAUCAUCUUCGGCCACAACAAGAAGCUGUAUGAGUUUUCAUCAUGUGAUAUGCGUGAGACUCUAGGCCGUUAUCAAUAUUUUGGGCCUCCCCACGAACACAAAGGACCGGAAGAUUUUGCAGGUAAACGCGAUGACGAUGACGAAGAAGACGAGACCACGCCCGCACCUGACGAGGUUCAGCAAACACAACAAACUCAUCAGGGCCCUCCUCCCAUGGCCCCACCUCACAUUCCCAGUCAUCCCGGUUUCCAGCAUGUAAAUCAUGCGCCGUCUGCUUCUCCUCCGAUUUCGAAUGGUAUGCCAUUUGCCCCUCGCCAUGGUACCCCACAGCCUCAGAUAGUCUCGCGCCCAUCAUCAAGGAAUCAUAUCCGACGAGUCAGCUCCAAUCUCGCGCCUCAUCAGCAUGCGACACCACCCCCUGCACCACCGCCCGUGUCGCAAAAUGGUUUCUCAUAUAUGCCCAACGCGAUGUACAAUCCCAGCGCGCACCCAAAUCUCUCACAUCCUCACCGUCCCAGUCCAUUUCCACAUUUCGGUCAUCCUCCGCCCGUGACUCACCACCAAACGCCUCCUCCGCAGCCUCCGCAUCAAUCCUUGACGCCGCAACCCAUGCCAACGCAUACGAUGCCAUCCCAGUCAAUACCACAACAUCCUAUGGCCCCUCCCCAUACACACCCAUUUGCGCAACCGCCUCCUCCAAUGACGCUUUCUCAUCCGCCAGUGCCGCAGGUUGCGCACGCAUACAUACAUGAUCAGGGGAGGAGUUCAAUGCCGCCUGCUUUUGCGCCAGAACCACCGCAACCGCAACCUGCUCCGCCUCGUACGGUGUCACUUCCUGAUGCAUCUGCUGCCGAUCAAGUGAAGCCAGAAGAGGACCCCUCACCCCCGACACACCAACGCUCGCUUUCGUCCAAAUCUCGCAGUAUCUUUACGCCAAUUGAUGAUCGCGGAUCAGUGCUUGCUCGCCAUUUUGGGGUAGGCCCACCAAACGAGCCGCCGCGCCCAGAUACUCAUGUGAAAUCGGAGUUGAUAAAAGAGGAUGCAAAUAACGAGUCUACGACUCCUGUGAUUCCUCCACCCCCUCCACCGAGAGUUGUGACAGAGGAAUCACGGACCCAGUCAAUCUCAUCUAUUUCCAGUGACAUCAAGCCACCGACGCGGACAAACAGUGUGCAGUCGAAACGACCCCAGCUCAAGGUGCAAAUUCCAAGCGAAAAUUCCGAUCGGGACACCGCUACGGCAGAUUCAUCUUCCCGCGACUCAGCUGGUAAAGCUCUAACACCUGCCAAAGCAAACACAGAGACAAAUCAUUCUGGUGUUGUUUUACCCCCGCCGUCGCCUUCAGCCGGUGCUAUUCUCAGUGCUGGGGCACAAGGGCCUCCAAAUCCAUUUGCAAGGCCACCGCCGCCUGGGACCGCGACGCAGAACAGCACCACAUACGCAAGUAAUAAUAAUAUCGAGACUCCUAUUUCCGCCCUACCUAGUCGCUUUGUUUCCGAUGCCCUUCUACCGUCGCCAUCCAGCUUCUUCCCCGAAUGGGGUUUUGGUCGAUCAGGUCCAGAUACCAACAUGCUACCAAGUCCUCUGACGUUCCCGACUCCUGCUGCCCAGACUGGUCCGGGCUUUGCUCGCGAAGACGAACAAGACAGAAAGCGUAAAACUCCAGAUAGUGGACCAUCUGGAGAGGGGGCAUCCAAGAAGACAAAAACAUGAUUUUAUCGUUGCCUUGUUUUGAUUGCUGUCGCAUUAUCGUCUCGCUUAUCGUGGCAUUUGAUGGCGUUUCCUGGGCCUGUCUUUUGGGUGUUGCACAGGGU